AUGGAACAAGUGGGGUUUUUCAGAGGGAAGAAGAUCCCAGUUUACACUCCUGGAGAUCUCGAGUACGAGAAAUCUGUCGCAAACGCGAACCUCCUCUACCGCUUCGACAGACCAGGAUGUGUCAUUCAACCUGAGCAUGAAUCCCAUGUUCGCAUCAUCGUUCAGCGAGCUAAGAGGGUAGGCUUACCUAUACGAGUCAAGAAUGGAGGCCACUCAUACGCCGGGUUCUCUUCUAUCAAUAACGGCAUCUCGAUUGAUCUGGUUAACAUGAAACGCGUCGACCUCGACAUUGACAACAUGACCAUCACGAUGGAUGCAGGCGCACUUUGGGCUCAUGCUUAUCACGAACUGAUCAACGACCAUCAUGAUAAAUUGGUCAUCAAUGGAGGCCGUUGUCCUAGUGUCGGAGUCAGCGGUUUCACUCUGGGUGGAGGUCUCGCGCCCUUUACUCGAAGCUUCGGUUUGGGAAGUGACACACUUCUUGAGGCUCGUAUUGUCACUCCAGACCAUGGAAUCAUCCAGGUCAGCCCCGGAGACAGUGAGCCUGAAAAGAAAAGACUCUUCUGGGCCCUUUGUGGUGCUGGCGGCAAUAAUUUCGGGGUAGUCACCCAGCUCAAGAUGAAGGUUCAAAAGCUGCAUCACGAUUUUGUGGUUGCUGGGGUUUAUACCUGGGCACCGUCUCAUUGCCCUGAGCGCCAGGUGGCUUUUACAGAAGCGAUGAUAAAGUUCUAUACUGCUGGCUGGACCAACGACAUGACGAUUGACAGCAGUUGGCUGAUGGACCUCAAAGAUUCCCGCGAAGAUCCUUCUGUCCGAUUUUUGGUCUACUAUAAUGGACUAGAGAAAGACUUUGACAAAGAGGUCGAUGAACGUCUCGGAAAUUGCGGGAAGGUUGCUGCGGGAGACAAAUCGCUAGCAGAACAGCUCAAGGAUCGAACUCUGCCGGAGAAUUCGACGCUUUUCCUUCACGAGACUCUCGUAGCUCAGUGGUCAGAAGAAACCCAGAAGGCUUUACCUUCGAAUGCGAUGUUCAGGAUCUACACUUCCUUCUCUUUCACAAAGACAAGCGUCAAAGAUAAUAUUUCCGAGAUAAUUAAGACUCUGAAGGAAAAGCUGGUAGCUUUCAAAGCAGAGUUCAAAGGCGAAGAAGGCUCAAUCAGAGUUUCUUGGAUUCAUUCCGGCGGCAAAUCCAGCGAAAAGGGCCCCCACGACUCUGCCUAUCCUUGGCGUGGAUGCGACUAUCACACAUAUAUCAUGAUCGAGUGGAAGGAUAAGUGGUUAGAGACGAGGAUGAGACAAGUCCUUGCGGAUUUCAAUGAGGCGUUGAGGAAAUAUUCUAUGGACGGUCUUGGUGUGUAUGUCAACUUCCCAGAUGCGACACUCGACAAAGACACAUACGAAAAGGCAUACUAUGGUGUUAAUCGAGAGGAAUUGCAGAGUAUCAAGGCAUAUUGGGAUAAGAACAAUAUCUUCCAGUGGCCUCACGGAGUCCAGGUUGGACCUCACGUUGACUCUCAGGGCACGGCAAUGGGAUUUGCAGCUCCGCCUCCACCUCCCAGCAGUGAACCUGCUGUCAAGGGGUUUAUAAAUCCAGGAGAAGCUGCGGGUGCCUCUGCAUUCAAAGCUUGGUAUACCUUUGACCCGGCUAUUGGUAGCCCUUUAGUUGGUCUAGGUAGCUGA